AUGGCUUCCCUGAUCCGCCUCGUACGGCGGCCCGCUCCGGAAGAACAACCCCGAAAAAGUGCAGCUGCCGCCGAAACCCUUUCCGGCUCUUCCCAACCGCCGCCCGAUUCCCCCGACCUGACCCAGCAGCACACUCGGCCCCGCCCCACCUUUUCGACCCUCCCGCCCGAGAUCCACCUUCUCAUCACCGACCAUCUCAUCUACCCGGAUGCUCUAUCAUUAAAACACACCAACCGUUAUUUCUCCCGGCUCGUCGAUACGGGCGUUGAACUCAAGGUGGAAUGGCUGAUGGAACGCCGGCUGUUGCAUCUCGAAUGCCCUAGUGACUCGCGCUGCGACUUGGGCAGCGACUUGCGGUUUUGUCGAGGCAGUGUCAAGUUAUUGAUGCAAAGACGACGAGAACACAUCGAAUGCGAAUCCCGACCUGGCCUAGGCUGUCUCAUCUACGGUACGGCCACAUGCCCGCAUGCUCGAAAGCUCAACACCAAGCUCAAGAAGUGGAUGCGGCUGCAUGGUAUCACUCGAGCACAAUGGAUGUUCUUUAUCAUUACAUCUGUCCCACUGUUGAUCGGUUGGGUGUGUAUGAUUGCCGUCAUGAUGCUUUGA